AUGUCUUCCAGAGCAAGUAUAACCAAGAAAGCAUGCGACGGCUGUAAGAUUCGAAAGAUUCGCUGUGGUGGUGGUCAGCCAUGUCGGUCCUGCUUCAAUGCACGCAUCAAGUGUACCUACAUCCGGGUCCAGCAACCUCGCGGUCCUCAGAAGCUGCGCGCAACUACCAAGUACCUUAUAGACCAAGCUCAACGCGGUAUCGAGGUGCAUGAUGCUCUACCAUCAAUCCCCGAGAGCGGGGAGAUUCUGGAGACCGAUCACGCCUCGACACCGGUCCAGCGAGAAUGUGGUGCAAAAUCGGAAAGAUCUCGCAUACCCACCAAUGUUCUUGCAUCCCCGCUUUAUAUAUACCACGUGCGAAUGUAUCCAGUCUGGCCGAUCGUCGAUGUCGAAAGUGUCAUGUCCAGUUUGCAACAGGAUGUUGAGGAGAAUGACCACGAGACAUAUGCAUUGGCAACUGCUGUGGCAGCGGCAACGAUCGCUCAGUUAAGGCUAGGGCAAAGUUCUCUCCCUGACAAGUCGGUGACUGCGGAAACAUUUGCAGCGGAGUGCAUGAAGGCCCGCAGAUCCUGCGAUUACCGAUCAAGGCUCAACUUGAAUAAUGUCCGGACGGCCUUCUUCCUUCAUGUAUACUUCGAGAACCACCAAUCGGGCGCCAGCGAAUCACUGUUGUACUUGAGGGAGGCUAUCACACUCGCCCAGAUGAUGUGCCUGCAUCGAGAAGUCUCGUACGCUGGCCUUCCAUCGGAAGAGCAACAAAUGCGUCGCCGUGUGCUAUGGCUGUUGUUUGUCACCGAACGCGGCGUCUGCAUACUUCACAAACUUCCCGUAGUCUUGAGAACAGAUAUCUCAACCCCAGAGCUUGAUGCGAAUGAUGAGCCCCAGGUUCUGCCGGCCUUCCUGAAACUGCUCAAUCUGUUCCGACUGUUCGAACAGUCAAACAUGUUUGACAUCAUCGAGGAUGAUAAGGGAGGCUUUGAGCCACUGUCCAGCGAAGUUCCUAACCUAGACAGCCGUUUUCUCAGGCUACUGCAAGAUAAUUUGCAGGACGGAUCAGCUUUGUUGGACCAUAUUUCAGACGUACAGAAGGCAGACCUUUGCGUUACCAGACAUUGGAUGCGCAUGAUCUUGUGGAAAUUCUCGUCCAAAAAAAGCGCUCAUGGAUCUUCUACUCAUUGGCCCACUUCUCCAUCCUUUCCAAUCUUGGUCGCAAAGGAGCUAUUGAACAUAGUAUCGCAACUACCACGAGCGGCCAUCGAAGCCCAUGGGCUCGGUAUGGAGUUGAAACUCUAUGAAAUUGCCAGCUCACUCGCCGAUGCCGUAAUAGACCUCGCAAUGUUGCCACGGGCGCCUUCUUGGGAUAACGAAAGCCGCCCCAGCAGUAAUUUAGCCCGCUUACACUCCAUCCUCUCCACUUUCAGAGGUGGGGGAAACAAGGAGCUAGCUGAGUUACUGUAUAGAAAGAUGGCAGAUGCUCAGGCUAGAAGCGGCCCUGCUUUAUCACCUCCAAUAAGAGAACUACAACCACCAGUCAAAAGUAAAAUGCUACCUGCAGCUACCACAACUUCUGCGUCAAGUGGAGAGGACCUAACACAUAAACGGGCUACUACUGCAAUGGAAGCUGCAGGUCCCAUAGCUGACGACAUCAGCCCGCUCAAUAAUUGGUCUACUGCCACCGAGGCUCAGAUCCCUACAAUGCAGCCUGUGGGCCAAGGGCAUAUACAAGAUAGUCUUAGUCUCGAGCACCAUGCGCAGAGUGGGUACAACGGUCUUCAGCCACUGGAAGACAUGCUAUUCCCCGAGUUUGCGGAGUCAACAUUUCCUACGCAACUUGAGUCUUCUCAAAGCGUCUAUGACCCCUCUUUUGGCAACUUGCUACCAUACUCGCUACCUCUGGAGGAUGCGAGAAGUACACCCAUGAGUUUCGCCUCACUGUCGCCUGCUUUACCCUCUGGCUCCGUUGAAAUGCUGAUAAACGACUUUAUUUCGCAAAUUCCGGAGGGUCAGUUCACACCUGAACUCAACUUUUCAAGCAAUGACUUUCCAGAUGCAGUCUUGUCCGGCGAAGGAUUUCUGCUUUCUUAA